AUGCCAUAUGCUUCUGGGAAUGUGACUUUUGGACACGAUGCGGAAGACGGAAAUACCUACGACUUCAGUUCGGAUGGGUAUCUCCCCAAGGACCAACAGGAGUUCCCCUUCUUUGAAAACUACGGCAUAGCAUCUGCUCCAGAGAAGGUUUGCAAUCCUCAGAUAGGACUGAGCACCAAGGAAGCCAAUGAACGCAUCAUCGAGAUCCUGGAGGCUGUAAUAAGCAAAUAUGAACACAGAUUGAGUAAGAUAGACGCGCUUUUGGAGUGCUUCAAGACAGACACGUUGCUAGCCAUAACUUCGUUUCUUCUUCUCUGCUUCUCGCUGGUCUAUCAUGCCUGGGUAUUCUGCCGAAACAACAGCUUUAACGCUCACAGAGCGAUACACAAUAACAUGGACGGAAUAUGGCAGUAUUGUCUGGAGGCUUCAUUUCUUUUGCCAUGGAUCACGCUCAACGCAUAUAUAAAAGUUAUGAUUAGGCGCACCAAGUCCAACAGAACAAACGAACGUGUAAAGGAGAUCUUAGAGCUCUACAAGGAACAAAUUUAUCUUCCAAUACAUGCGGAAUUUGAGCAGAAAAACUUUACUCUUGAUCCUCCCUGUUCCUCUCUAGUGCCAGUAUACAGAGAUUUUGAAUGGGUACGUUUGCCCACAAAUGUUAUCGUCACUGGCGAUGUCUUCAAGUUACAGGUUGGAGAUGUAUUUCCAUGCGACUGCAAACGCAUAAGGUUUGAUCAGGGGACCCUAGAGAUUAUGGACACAGUUUUUAAAUGCGGAAGCACAUGUGACUCUGUUUCAUCAGAAGCAAGUAAGAGCGAUGAGAAUAGACUAAAUGAAUCGUCAAUGGUCCAUAUCGAUGGCACAUUUAUAGCGCAAUCAGAUGCGUGCAUUACACAAUUGGAAAGUUUUUUAGAUGCCAAGAAAAGGAGUCAAUAUAAAAGAACAAGGGGAAAUGGGUCUAGAAUGGACAAUGUAAAAAGUACAGAACCUGAUUCCCCAAUGGUAUCCGGAGAGAGAGUUUCUUGCAAUCCAAACGAGAGUAAUAGACAGGCAAAGAGAAAAUCUGUCUGGAAUUUGGAUGAUACAACCCAUAUUUUGGAUAGAAAAAUAACGGUACGUAGCCUAAUAUGCUAUUUUACAGUGUCAUUGCUCACGGCUGUACUUCAUGUUCUCUGGAGAAGUGGAAAGUUUCAAACUCUUGCUAUAGUAAUAGCCAGACUCUUUAUCUGUCUAGUGUUCCCAGGAUUUGAACCCAUUAUAAAUCUUUGUGACAUUUGGGGAAAUGUAAAACUCCAGUCGUUAUUUCACUGGUAUCAGGAUCAAAGGUAUAAAGAUGAGAUUAAUCCAGAACAAAGUGUUUCAUCUUCAAGCCUAGUUAGCGGUUCAUCUGUAGAUUCUGUUGAUACAGAAAUGGCUGCUGAUCAAAUCCCACUUUCCAACCAACUAAAAGAGCUAAGCACAGUGUUUAAGAGAGGACUGGACGGUGAAGGAAGCCUAAUUAAAACACUGAGUUCUGUGACACUCUUGUGUUUUGUAGAUGAUAUAGGAAUAUUAACAGAGGGAUAUGCAUCUCCACAAGAGAUUUGUAUUGUAAAGGAUCCAAGUAUUGAAAAGCCAUCUGUUGAGGGAGGAGCCGGUUUUGAUUCUAUAUCCAGAACGGAUAAUUUUUAUAAAGGUGAGGAGGGACUGCAAACAUUUAGAGGAAGUAAUGAUACUGUAUCAUAUGAAAAAAACCGUUUUAACUCGCUGGAUACAUCUAAAUCUAGCAUAGAAUCAUCAAAAUACAAACUAGAUCCAACGUUUCCUACAGAGUGUCCGGUGGACCAUAGGGCACAUGGUAAAGUUAGCUUUGACAAAAAGUAUGAGUUUGAGCGUAAUAAUUCUAAAUUCUCGUUUAAAGACGAGGGAUAUGAUGACAAGGAAGAUCUUGUAAUAUUGGACGUAUUUAGUGAUCCUGGAGACUUUGGAAAACAUUACAUCAGACUUACAAAUUCCUUUGAGCGUUCUUGUAUGCCAAAAUUACGUCCUCUAACUUUUGCAAUGGCCCUCACCCAAUUUCCAAGAUACAAGGCACUUUCCAAUUUGAGGACUCCUACGGAACUCCUUUAUGCAUACCUUGGAAGACUUGCAAACUCUGACUUUACAAACUUUACAGAUUGCCAAUGCACAUUAGCUGGAUCUGUUGGUUUACGUCGUUCCUUCAUAAGAAGAUUUAGGUUGCUUCGCUUUAUUGUAUUGCAUGAUGAAUCUUACGGUGACGAUGGUAAGAUCCUCCUCUUUUUUUUCCGGGAUUUUAGGAAACAAAUUGUACAAAUGAUUGUAAAAUGUGAUAUCAAUGUGAUUCUAGACAAGCAUGUGAAUUUUCACUGCAAUAAGGAAAUUGUCCCAGUAACUCCAAACUUGUCAAGAAAACUAAAGGAUUUAAGUAUGCAAUGGGUUUCUUCCGGAAUGUCUCCAUUAGCGUAUGCAUAUAAACCCAUUCAUGUAGAGGAAUUUAAUCUUUUAAUGACUCUCGUUCCAUUUGUAUCAGUGUACAAUAUACGCAAUUUUGAUUCCACUCGCAAAGGUGCUGAAUCUAAAAGAUACAAAACUUAUUUGCGCAUGAGAGAAGAUGAUGCAUUAGGAAUGUAUUAUGAAAAAUCAUUGCGUUUGAAAAAUUUGCAUGAUAAUGAAGAAGUUGUAGAGGAUGCAGAACAUGAUGGUAAUUAUAGGCGCCGUGUCCUGUCCAGAUAUGUAGGUGAAAUGGUUACUUCAUGUAUCAAAAAUUCUAUUCUUUUGGGUGUAACAGCUUCAAAGCGAGAAUUCCCCAAAGAGGUUCCAAAUAGAAUAAAAGAUUUUCACGAUGCUGGUAUAAGAUUUGUUUACUUUUCCAAACACGGUGAAAAGAAGACUAGGAUCUUUGGAAGUCUUUUAGGAUUGGAAACCAGUUGGAAUUCAAUGAUUAGUCUUUCGGCAUCAGACAAAACAUUUAUCAACCAGGAAGGUCGUAUGGUCCUUCCAAAUGGUAUAGAAAACAUUAGACAACAUAUUGAGGAAGUUGACGAUAUUCCACUUCAGGUUUCUCUAUUUUACAACUGUACACCAUCAAACACUGCAGAAAUGUUGAACAUUUUGAGAGAUAGUGGAGAAACUAUAAUGUGUAUUGGUGGAGGUUUAACGCCAUCGAAUUUUAAUUUAUUUAAAGAGGCGAAUUGUUCCAUUUGUGUUGCCCUGGGAUAUCACCCAGUGUGCAGAUUUUGUAAAGGUAAAAGAUGGGAAGGUGUAGCAAAAGCCCAUAUUUUCGAUGAUCCUGUACCAGAAUUUAGACUUUCUGCGGCUCUUACAAGUUUACCAUGCGCGUUGCAGACAUGGCAAGUAUUUAGAGUUGCUGAUCCAUAUUUUGUAAUGGAGAUGCUUUUUGAGGUUUUCAAGGAGGCCAGACAUAUGGCGAUGAACAUGCAAGAAGGUGGCGCAUUUAUUAGAUUGGCAUAUCACGCACUUGUUUGGAUGAUGUUUGUUGAAGCGGCCCUCGAAAAGCCAAAUAAUGGAAGUACUACUCAUGGAUAUACUACCGGAGGUAGGACUAUUCAAGUCACAAAAUCCGAAGAACCUAGUGGAUCUGACUUCUACAGGUACACUCAUCAGGAUAAGGAAUCUGGAGGACAGGAACCAUUCAACCUUGAGAAAAUACUAAAUGAUACUAGUAGUCCUAUUCCAGGGAUUCCUCCUAAAGGAUCCGAUGAUAAGGUAACCUCAGUUUCAGCUUAUUACUGGAAGUAUGAGAAUAAUGGUGGCCUACCUAAGAAGCUUCUCUUGAUAGGAGUUACCACUGAUAUGCUUGGAACUAAGUAUUAUGGCAAUAGAAAGAGUGAUGGUGGUAAUAAGUGGAUUGGGCUUGGUCAAAAUUCUAAACCUGAACUCAUCAAUGAUGAUAUUGAAAGGACACUAGAUGAUCUGGUUUGUUCAAACUGUGAUGCGGUUACCAUAGAUCUUAGCAAGGGCACAUCCAUGGGUGGUGACAAGCCAUACUGUUGCCGGUGUAAGCACCAUAGUAAUGGUAGUGAUCAACGAAAGAUCUCUGUUACUAAAGGGGAGAUAAGAGUAAAUGGUUCCAAAAGUGCUGAUUACUACAAACAUGAGAUAAAGAAUGGAGAUAAAGUUGCAAAGAUAAGGUACUAUCUUGACGGUGAAGGUCUUCAGAAGACUAAUGAUCCAAAGAAAAGAAGGCGUAUAAAGAUUCCUAGACUAGGUUUUCCAACCUCUAGAAUACAAGCUGUAUCUGCAUUUUACUGCGGAGGAAAUCCAGUACUAAUCUAUGUUGAUUCUGGCAAAGGUCAUGCAGCUACUGGUUGGUACCAUAAGUCCACUAAUAGUAAUGAUAAUGGCAAUGAGAAUUGGACAGAAGUAAAGGAUCUCAGUGGUGUAACACCAGAAACCAUUACUGAAUGUAACAAAUAUAACAAACUUGCUAAGGAAUUAAGUUGUGCAAGUGAAGUAAUAUGUCUUAAACCACCACCUCCUACUCCUAAAGAACCUGGUCAUUCUGGAUCUACUGAAGCUUCUCAACCUGGUGCUAGUAAUGCUAGUGCUACUGCUGGAUCUCUUGAUGGUGUUCAAUCUAGAGGAGGCUCUGGUACUGCUACUAUUCCCAGUCCACCUACCAUUACUAAUUCUGAAUCUACUACUACUCCUGCUGCUGGUGGAGUACAAGGCCCUGGUAAUGAUGCUAAUCCAUCUGGUUGUGAUCCUGGAAUUAAGGAUCCCAGUGCUCUAGUUACUCAUUGUAAAGGUAAAGAAAUGUCUGCUGUUCUAGGUCUACAAGCUGAAGUUACUGAUGAAACUGGUGGAAAAGGUGAUGCUACUCAUGCUGGAGGUUCUCAAUCUAGUGAAGAUGAUGAUGGUAAAAAUGGUGAAAUAGGAGAUUCUGGUAAAGGUGAAAAGGGUGAAGAAGGAUCUACUGGUGAUGAUCAAGAUGGUCCUAGACCUACUCAAAAGGAUGGUGAAUCUGCUCCUAUUGUUGCUACUACUACCGUCGCUGCUACUGGUACCACCGCUCUAGCUGGAUAUGUCUCUUCAGGUGUUUUUGCCGGAGCAGAUGGAGGCCUGUCUUUUGUUUUAUCUGCAAUAUUGUACAAGGACAAACUAUUACCGGGAAUCAUACCAUAUCCUAUUCCUGUCCAAACUGUUUUCACCUACAGAACUUAUGAAGGUAAAAUCCUGUUGAUACGUCUGCAAGGAAAGGGUACUCAGACUUACUAUUUUAAUCCAGAUACAAAUGAAGACGUGGAAAAAGUUAUAUUUUCCAAAUUUGUUGUUUCCAACACUCCUUUUGAUAAGAACGAUGUUUAUGAAAUACUACAGAAUAUAAGUGAGAAUUCAGGGUUAGACUUAGUUAAACUAAACCAACGUAAAAACCAUAUUGCAAUCGAGCUACUUGGAGAAAAUGACAUAAUAUUUGAUCUUACUCACAAGCCUCCAAAGCAUACAUACAUCUCAGAAAUAACAAAUAUACAACUUACCAUUUCUAGUUAUAGAGAUAUAGGUGGAUUCAUAAAGAUCCAACAUAUUCCGACUUCUUAUACUCAAUUUAGAGUACUUGGUAUUAGGCUCAAAGGUAGUGACUAUAUGAAGGUGAAGGGAGGUUUUCCAAAUUAUCUAAUCACAGAAUUUUAUGUUUACUAUGGAAACUCCGAUCACAACCACAUUUACCCUCUUCUGAUAGAUUUAAAGGUAGUCCCAGGUGCUAUUGAUUCUAGUGGUUAUAUUCCCAGUCGGUACUACAUCACAAAAAAUACUUUAGAGGGUAAAUGGGACAUUAGAAAAGUGGGUUCAGUUAUUGAUGAAAAAACUGAACUUGGACAGAUACUCCAGAAUAUAGCCACAAACGAAAAACUUAAUAUUGUUUUAAUGGGUGAAAACAUUAAGAAUAAACUUUAUGAUAUAAGGAACGGAUUGCCAAUAGAUCUGACUCAGACCACAGCGGGAGAUAUUGGAUACACUGGCACAUAUAUAUCUGAUGAAGUUUAUAUUCCUUAUAAGAAGGAGACAUCUUAUAAUGCAUACUCCUAUAGCAUUAGACAUGCUUACAACAUCCCAAGAUUUCCUAUCAAGAGUAUAAAUACAUCAGAGGGAACUAUUUCUGGAAAGCAACUUCCUCUACUUAAUACAAUGUUUUGGAAGAUAAAUGUCUACUGUAAGAGUAAUUCCUAUAAUGAUCCAGUUCUCAUAGAGCUAAUAGGUCUCUACAAUAAUAAUCGUGAUGCUACUGAAUCUCCCAUGUGCGCCUACUACUAUUGCAAAGAAGGUAGUAAGUGGAUGGGCUAUAUUCUCAGUACAACAGUUGGUGAAAGUGGAAAAGAUAUGGAAAAUGUCAUAAAGCAUAUUAAGCAGAAUUAUGGAAAGGUAAACCUUGAAGAUUCUGGUACUCUUGAAGAUCUCAAAAGCAAACUUACCAGAUAUCCACCAGUUGAUACAGGACUUGAAACUGAAGAUAUCAAAGACACUGAUAGUGAUGGAGUAAAAGAGGAAUCUGGAGAAGGUGGAACUCCUCAAAAGACAGACCAACAAACUUCUGGACCUUCUGCAGGAGCUAUAGCAGGUUAUACUACCACAGGAGGUGUUGUAGCUGCGGAGACCGUAAACUUUGCACUCGACACUGGAUGGAGUGUAUUUAGAAGGACUAUUGAUUUUGCGCUAAUCGCCUUCGUUUAUAUACCAAUAAUUUCUAUCGCACUUUUGGCAAAUCCUAUUACCGAUCGCAUCAUGCACUAUAUGCCGAGCAAAUCUGGCGAAGAUGAUAACAACAAAGUAAAGACAUACACACGAACGUAUCCCAGGCUUUGUUUGGUUACAACAAUAACUGCACUCGUUUUUUGCAUUUAUUUGUACUAUAUUGAGACUCACAUACGAAAGAGCCUGAAUCUCAGUUUGGAAUCAUGCAACAGUUUUUUGACAGCACCGAGACUCAGCUGCGUCUGCGAGACAUCAGCAAUGAUAAGGGGGGCCUAUAACGCAAAGUAUCAUCCAAACACAAGUCUUAUACUUUCUCAGACACUUACCUCUGUAUUUAUGCUGAUAUUUUUCAUCAUAUCUUCUUCCUCUUGGAUUGACAAGUACUCCAUGUUUGACAUUGAGACUUUGAAGCAUUACAAAUGGAUGAUUUCCUGCUUUGUGAUUCUCACCAUUCAAAUUGCCAAUGUGAGUUUGAGAAUCGCUCUCGCGGGUAUUUCCGUUGACAGCGAAUUGUUAAAGCUGAUUUGCAAGGUAUCAGCGUCAUUGUUGGCCUUUUUGUUGCCAAUUGUUCUCUUUGAUCAUUGCAUAAAGUACCUCGUGCAACGAGACAAGAAUUCAGAGCAAAAGUUUUUGGAGCUCCUGUUUUCUACAAGACUGGGAACCUGGAGUCCAAAGUAG